AUGUUAAGUGCUACCCGUUCGUUUGCUUCUUCUGCCAGAAGAGCCAGUUAUGCCGAUACCAUCGGUAACUUGAAGGUUAAUGCUGACACUAAGGUUAUCUAUCAAGGUUUCACUGGUAAACAAGGUACUUUCCAUGCUGAACAAGCUAUUGCUUAUGGUACCAAGGUUGUUGGAGGUACCAACCCUAAGAAGGCCGGUACCACUCAUUUGGAUUUACCUGUGUUUGCUACUGUUGCUGAAGCCAUGAGAGAAACUGGUGCCUCUGCUACUGGUAUUUUUGUCCCUCCUCCAAUUGCUGCUAAGGCCAUUGAAGAAGCCAUCGAGGCCGAGAUCUCUCUUGCUGUGGCCAUCACUGAAGGUAUCCCCCAAAAGGAUAUGGUCAGAGUUGCUCAAAUCUUAAAGACCCAAUCCAAGACUCGUUUGGUGGGUCCCAACUGUCCUGGUUUGAUUGCUCCAGAUCAAUGUAAGAUCGGUAUCAUGCCCUCUUCUAUCCAUAAGCGUGGUAGAGUUGGUAUUAUCUCUAAGUCUGGUACUUUAACCUAUGAAGCUGUUGCUCAAACCACUGCUGUUGGCUUGGGUCAAUCAUUGGUCAUUGGUAUGGGAGGUGAUCCAUUCCCUGGUACUAACUUUAUCGAUGCCUUAACUUUGUACUUGAAUGAUCCAGAAACUGAGGGGAUCAUUUUGAUUGGUGAAAUCGGUGGAUCUGCUGAAGAAGAAGCUUCUGAAUUCCUUAAGCAAUACAAUUUGACUCGUGAUGUUCCAAAACCAGUGGUUUCAUUUAUUGCUGGUGUUUCUGCUCCUCCAGGUAGAAGAAUGGGUCAUGCUGGUGCCAUUGUUGCUGGUGGUAAGGGUGAUGCUAAGUCCAAGAUUGCUGCUUUGCAAUCUGCUGGUGUUGUUGUCGAAGCUUCUCCUGCUAGAUUGGGUGCUUCUUUGUACAAGGAAUUUGAAGAUAAGAAAUUACUUUAA